AUGGCUCAGACGACUGAUCUAAAAUCCUCAUCGGUUCAUCAGGAGAGUGAUUUUGUAUCAGUAAAAAGUGGAGACCAGUUGACUUUGCGAUGCGUCUAUGAAGGUGUUGUUGCUGCAAAGCUUUUCUGGUACAAGCAAACUCUGGGACAGAAACCAAGACUCAUCUCUACCUUCUUUAAAUACGAUGUUGAUACGUUUCAUUACGAGUUUAAGAACAAUUCACGUUUCACACUGGAUACAGAAAAUGGUAAAAAUCACUUAACGAUCACAGAUUUGCGCAUUUCGGACUCAGCUACUUACUACUGCAUUAAAACGCUACAAACAAUCGAAUAUUUAGAGAGCAUUAUUGUAAAUGUUAAAGGCUCAGGUUUGAACGUCCCAGCUUUGGUCCAUCCGUCAGCAUCUGAGACCGUCCAGCCAGGAGGCUCUGUGACUCUGAACUGUACAGUCCACACUGGGACCUGUGAUGGAGAACACAGUGUUUACUGGUUCAAGAACUCAGAAGACUCUCCACCAGGACUCAUUUACACCCAUGGAGGCAGGAAUGAUCAGUGUAAGAGGAACACACAGACACACAGCUGUGUCUACAACCUGCCAAUGAAGAGUCUGAACUUGUCUCAUGCUGGGACCUACUACUGUGCUGUUGUCUCAUGUGGACACAUACUGUUUGGAGAGCGGACCAAGUUGGACUUUAAAGAUGAGGUAAACUUUCCCAAGUCUCUUGUGUAUUUCUUGGGCGGUGGUUUGGCAUUCUCUGCUAUUCUGGUUGUAUUACUGGCUGUCACAGUGUACAAGAUGAGCAAGAGAAAUGGCUGCCAAUCUCAAGAGCUCCAAGCAAGAAUCCCAGCUCCCCCCACAGCAGAUGCAGAGGUUUACCAAGAUGCAGACAACCUCCAUUAUGCUGCGUUAAAUGUCAACAGAUCAAGAAGACAGAGGAACAACACCGAUAAUGAAUGUGUGUACUCCAGUGUAAAGCACUAGAAGUGAACACGUUCUAUUUGAAUUGUAUAGUUAGAGUAAAGUGUCAGUUUCUUAGAAUAUAAUGUACAUUUCCAUGUGGAUAUCGAGAUGAAUAUGAUUAAAAUUGUUUUUAUCUUGUGUUUUGUAAAAGAGGUGAUGCAUUAUGAACAUAUGCACCCUCGAGAAAUCCUGAGGGACGCCAUGUUGCUCUGAUCCUGGAUUAGAGAUUAAACAGAGUUUUUCCAUCUGGAAACUCUUCAACACCU